AUCAAAGGCCUCUCCUCCACUGAGUUUGGGAUCGGCAAAUUCUAUAAAUAAUUCCACCUGUUGCUUGUUAAAAGAUGCAAGAUGACGGAAAUAAAAUUACAGACAUACAUCUCCUGAAGCAUUCACUUUCUAUAUCAAUUUGCUCCACCACGCAGCCAAACCACAUGGAUGUUCCAACAAAUUAUACAACUUGCAACUCGUUAGUUAAAUAAACUAAUAGCCCCCUUAGCAACUGGUUGAUGAAUCCCCACCCCAAAUUGUUGUUAGAAGUAAUAAUAAAACAUCACAAGAGAAAGCUUCCCCUGGCCCUGCCUGGUGCCUGCCUUCUCAAUGGAGAUUGCUUGGAAGCUCAGCUAGGGUCUCAAACCUCAAGCAAACUAAAAGAGGAGAGCACCGGAAGGAAAUACCCAAUUUUGCAUUUGGGUUUCAGCGGCUCCAGGAGAGGCCGUAUGCAACAUUUAUUCUUUCACCCGUUCAGUCGAAAAAAUUAUUGCAACUAAAAAUCUCAGCCGUUCAUUCAUUGGACACGAACGACUGAGAUCGGGAUGUAUUUGGAUGUCCUUAUAGCACUCGCAUAACCGUCAAUUUUCUAUCGCCCACGCUCAGACUUUUGUAUUAACUUACCAUAGUUAGAUCCAGUUUGAAUCUUCGAUGGUUCUCGCCGGAGGAACGACCGGCGGACAUGGAGAUUCGGAAUCGACCCUCCUUCUGGCAACUAAGGCACCCAAAGAUUCAUUCCAUCUGGCCUACAUAAUCUACUUCACAUUGGGCUUCGGUUAUCUCCUUCCAUGGAACGCUUUUGUUACGGCUGUCGACUAUUUCUCCUAUCUCUACCCUGAUGCAAGCGUGGAUCGCAUCUUUGCUGUUGUUUACAUGGUGGUUUCCCUAAUUUGCCUCGUCUUCAUUGUUCUUUAUUCCCACAAGUCCAACGCAUACGUCAGGAUCAACGUGGGUUUGAUCCUCUUUGUGGUGACCCUGCUUGUGGUUCCAGUCAUGGACGUGGUUUACACUCGGGGUCGGGUCGGGUUGUACGAGGGACUAUAUGUCACGGUCGGAUCGGUAGUGGUGUGUGGUGCUGCUGAUGCCAUGGUGCAGGGUGGGGUGAUUGGCUCUGCCGGUGAGCUACCGGAGAGGUACAUGCAGGCUGUUCUGGCUGGCACCGCCGGUUCUGGGGUCCUUGUUUCUGUUUUGAGGAUUCUAACCAAAUCUGUAUUCCCGCAAGACGCCAGUGGCCUGAGGAAAAGUGCAAACCUUUACUUCGCCGUUUCCAUUGUGGUUAUGGUUAUAUGUAUAGUAUUUUACAAUGUGGUCGAAAAGCUUCCAGUUGUGAAGUAUUACAAGGACUUGAAGGUACAAGCAACGAACAUGGAGGAAGAGGAAAAAGGACCUCUGACUGGGUCGGUAUGGAGAUCAACGUUGUGGCAGAUAGUAGAAAGUGUAAAGUGGUAUGGGUUUGGCAUUGUCCUCAUCUAUUUAGUAACUUUGUCAAUAUUUCCAGGAUACAUUACUGAGGAUGUCCAUUCUUCCCUUCUCAAAGACUGGUACUCUAUUCUCCUUAUUACUGGCUACAAUGUGUUCGAUCUUGUUGGCAAGUCCCUCACUGCAGUUUAUGUUGUUCAAACUACCAAGAUUGCUAUUGGUGGAUGUGUUGUGAGGCUCUUGUUCCUUCCGCUCUUCUUCGCGUGUCUUCAUGGCCCCCCAAUCUUCAGGACUGAGAUUCCCGUAACGUUUCUAACUUGCCUAAUGGGUCUUACCAAUGGCUACUUGACAAGUGUUCUGAUGAUGAUGGCCCCAAAGGUUAUCCAAUUACAACAUGCAGAAACUGCAGGAGUUGUCAUGGUUUUGUUCUUGGUCGCUGGUUUGGCGGCCGGUUCUGUUGUAUCCUGGUGUUGGGUCAUCUAAUUUUAUUUGCUAUUUCAGAUGCACGAGAUCUCGAAAUCCCAGUCGUUUCACUCUCGACCUCUCCCUCUCCUUUUAAGUUGUUUAUUUAAACAACUAAGGAAUGUACAAGACACUGCAAAAGUACCUUUGUUUUCAACUUCUACAUCA